AUGUUCAUCGUGUUCGAUUCGAAUGUUUUUUUUUUCGUUCGGUUUUUAAUUUGAAUCAUUUGGUUCGACGACCAAAAUGUAUCGUCAAAUUUUUUUCCAAUCAAUCAAUCGAUCGACACGACAAGGAUAUUAUCUAUCGAAAAUAUUAUGUCGUAAUUUUGGUGAUAAUCAAAUGAUGGUCGAACAGAAAUCAUCUACAAAACAAUUACAGAUGAAAAUUGAAAAUCGAUUAAAAAAUCGUAUUGUUGAAAUAGAUCUUGGUCGUGGACCGGUACGUUCAAAUGAUUUGAUCGAUCAGAUUGAUGUUCUUGAAGAAUCCAUUGUAAAAGCAACAAAUAUUGAUCAAAUACGUGAAUUAAUUCGUUAUAAUUAUCGUCAAUUUGAUACUAAUCAUGUUGUUCAAUUAUUCGAAUCAAUUGAUAAUAUUGUCAGAUAUUCUAUCGAUUCCGAUUCCACUAGAUAUGAUUUACUUGGUUCAAAAGAAUUUGAAAUUCUUGCUAAUCGUACAAUGAAAAUUAUUCGUAAUUUUGAAGCAUCUGAUUCAUUGAAUACAAUGAUUAUAUUGAAUAAUUUGGGCAUAUCGAAUGAUACCGUAUUACAACAGGCAAUGAUGCAAAUGAUUCGUUCAUGGAUUAAUGAUUAUUCUAUUGAUGAUCUUUAUCGUUUGGUUCGAUUUAUGAAAAAACAGCAACUUGAUAAUCAAAAUGAUAAUUGUCGACAUAGUUUACUGCAAGCCAUACAACUUGCAUUACCAUAUGCAUUAAAACAUCGAAUUCAAUAUAAAGAAUUGGAUUUUUUUCAUGCAAGAACAUUAAUGAAAACAGUGGAAAUGAUUGCAUAUUUUGGUAUUGAUAUUUUUGGCGAUUUGAAUUUAGUGGAAAAAUGUCUACAUUAUCUACAUCAACAACUAAAUCAUUUAGGUCCACAAGAAUGGCUGAAUAUUCUGGCAUUUAUUUAUGAAAUGAAUAUUCGAAUUGAUGAACCAUCAUCAAUGAUUGCUCAAACUAUACGUUUAAUAAUUCGUGAUUGUAUCGAUAACAUACGUAAUACUGAUAGUGCAAUACUUGAAGAUUUACAACCACGUUUUUUCGUUAAUGUCAUGAUGAAAAUUGAUCGUUAUGCUUCGAUUUAUUAUAAUCGAUAUCUAUUCGAUUUAAUUGCUGAACAUGCAUCGAAUCAUCCGGAAAAAUUUGGCCUAAUAAAUCUAUAUCUUAUUACACGUAAACUUGGUCAAUUUCGUUAUAUAAAUCAUCGAAUGUUGAAAUUUUUUGCCGAACAAAUUGAUAAUGAAAAUCCAGAUCUGAUGAGUAAAGAUUCAUCACCAAUUUCAUUAGUGAAUUUAUUUCAUUUGUUUUCAAAAUCAUCAAAUUAUCAUGAAGAAAUUCACGAAAAUUUUACUAAACUAGCCGAAAAAAUUAUUCAAUCCGAACGAUUUAUUAUGGAAACAACAAAAUUUAAAAUGAAUUAUUUUUAUUUUCUUCAAAGUUGUUUGUUGUUGAAUGCCAGAAUAUCGGAAAAUAUUCUAAUCGAAUGGUUUGGUAGUGAAUAUUUUAAUAAAGCAUUGGAUGUUCUACAAAGUCAAUCAAAAAGGAUAAUAUUUCUGAAAACAAUGGCCAUCAUUUAUGAAGGUUUAUUUGUACAGAAAUUAAUUGAAUUGAAUGAAAAAAAUGCCGAUUAUAUACGACGAAAAUUACAACCAUUUUUAAAUGAAUAUAUUGAACUAAUUCGAAAUGGUUUGGAAUGUCAACCACGAUCGUUUGAAAAAGAACAGAUUCGAUUAAUUUUGUCGAAACAAUUCGAACAGCAACAACAACAACAAAUACCGAUUGAUCAAAUAAUUCAAAUAAAUCAGGUAACUCCGACAGGAUCGAUAAUUGAUGUGGAAAUUUGUUUGGAAAAACAAAAAAUUGCAAUAAUUUUAUUGAAUCGUCGAAAUUAUUGCCGUCAUCCAUCGAUUAUUGAUGGUGAAACAAAAUUUCGUAUCGAAUCAUUAAAUCGACAAAAUUAUCAAUCAAUAAUAAUCGAUAUGGAAAUGUUUCAACGUUUAACCGAAUAUGAACGUGAAUUAUUUUUACAAAAAGAAAUUAGGCGUAAACCAACAUUAAUACAAGCAAAAGCAAUACCAUUAGCAUUAGAAGGUUAUGAUAUAUUGGCAAGAGCACGUACAGGUACGGGUAAAACUGGUGCAUUUACCAUACCGAUUUUACAGAAAAUUUUAAUGGCAAAAAAAUUCGCUACAUCAACCACGACGACCACAACAACUGCAUCAAAAAUUCGAGCAUUAAUUUUAGCACCAUCCAAAGAACUUUGUAAUCAAAUUUUACAAAAUUUCUCAAAACUUAUUGAAUUCUGUCGCCGAGAUAUUAAUAUUAUGGAUAUUUCACAUGGAAAUUUGGAUGAUAAACGUAAUUUUCUAAUCACUGAACAACCUGAUAUACUGAUUUCAACACCGAAAAAAAUUAUCGAAUAUUUUCAGGCAAAAAUAUUGAAAAAUUUACCAAAACAAUUGGAUUUUUUAGUUAUUGAUGAAUCUGAUCUAAUGUUUUCGUUUGGUUAUCGUGAAGAUUUAUUAAAAAUCUUUGAACAUUUAUCAUCAUCCAAAUCAUCGAAUGUACAACAUUUUCUAAUGUCAGCCACUUUAAAUACAGAUGUUUGUGAAUUGAAAAAUUUAUUACUAAAUAAUCCGGUAAUAUUAAAGUUGGAAGAACCAGAUUUACCGGAAUCGGAUAAACUUCAACAAUAUCAUAUUGAAGUAUUUGAUGAUGAAGAAAAAUUCGUACUAAUCAAUGCCCUGCUUAAACUUGGUUUGAUUGUUGGUAAAACCAUAAUAUUUGUCUCGAAUAUUGAUCGUUGUUAUCGUUUACGUUUAUUUUUGGAACAAUUUGGUAUCCGUUCUUGUUUACUGAAUUCUGAAUUACCAAUCAAAUCAAGAUGUUCAAUAAUUGAACAAUUUAAUAAUGAUAAUUAUGAUAUAAUUAUUGCAAGUGAUGAAAAAUGUUUAACGAAUCCGAAUCAACGUAAAACAACAACGACGAAGACGAUAAAACGAAAGAAAUUGGCUAAAACAAUAAUGGGUGAAUCAAGUGUUGCACGUGGAAUUGAUUUUAAAUUUGUAUCGAAUGUAAUUAAUUUUGAUUUUCCUGAAACAAUCGAUUCUUAUAUACAUCGUGUUGGACGUACUGCACGUGGUGGUGGUGGUAAUACGGAUGCUUCGAAUGAUGAUUCUUGUGGAACAGUUUUAUCAUUUGUUGGACCAGAUGAACAUGAAAAUUUUCAACGUGUUUGUCGAAAAUUUCAACGACGACAGUCAUCUUCAAAUGAAACAACAAAUGUAUUUCGUCCAUAUCAAUUUCGUAUGAAUGAAUUGGAAGCAUUUCGUUAUCGUUCACGUGAUGCAUUACGUUCAAUAACAACAAUCGCUAUACGAGAAGCAAGAUUACGUGAAAUUCGUCGUGAAAUGUUACAAUCAAAACAAUUACAGAAUGAAUUUUUUCAAAAACAUCCAAAAGAUUUAAAAAUAUUACGAUUUGAUCGUCCAUUAGAUGUUAUAAAAUCAGCACAUGGUAAUCGAUCACAUUUAAAAGAUCUACCGGAUUAUAUAAUACCAAAAACAUUACAAACAUCGGUUCGAAGUAAACGUGAAAAUCGACGAAUCGAACAACAAGCAAUGUUGAAUUAUCAACCAUCAUUAUCAGGACGGAAAAAGAAACGAAAAUCAAUGAAUCAAAUGAAAACGAAAUUAAAAAAUCAACAAAAUGAUCCAUUAAAAACAUUUCGAAUGAAUGCUAUACAACGAUAUAAGAAUAAAAAACGACAAAAAUCA